AGCGCAGUAGGUUAAAUGGGUUAAAGUCUUCAUGUCGUGAGAAACUUUUGUUUCAAUAAAUUUUACACAAUGCCACUUAUCAUUGUAACUGGUACACCAUGCACUGGCAAAACAACACGAACAGCCGAAUUGAAAGAACACUUCGAGAAGAAAGUAGGGAAAAGAGUGGAGGUUAUCAACGAAAUCGAUGUUGUUAUCAAGGCGGGCUAUGAUAGAAAUACAUUUUAUGCUGAUUCGAAGAAAGAGAAAAGUGUAAGAAGUGAUAUAAAAUCUGCAACUCAAAGAUUGCUGAAUAGUAAUGAUGUAUUAAUAAUUGAUGGUAGCAAUUAUAUCAAAGGAUACCGAUAUGAAAUGUAUUGUAUGACAAAAUUAUAUAAAAGUCCUCAGUGUACAGUACAUUGUGAUAUACCCAUCGAACACGCCUGGUUAUGGAAUGAAAAACGACCAGAAUGUGAACAAUACAGUAGAGAAAUUUUUGAUGCUCUUGUAAUGAGGUAUGAAACCCCAGAUAGUAGAAAUCGUUGGGAUGCUCCAUUAUUUUCAGUAUCUGCAGAAGAUGAGUUAAGAUUUGAAGAAAUUUAUAAAUCACUUUAUGAAGUGAAAGCACCAAAACCGAAUUUAAGCACUCAAUGCCCACCAUUGUCAUCCACAAAUUAUUUAUACGAAUUGGAUUCAGUAACUCAAAAAGUGGUCAAUGCGAUAUUAUCAGCCAAGCAGUUGGGCAUUGAAAGUGAAUUUAAAAUACCGGAGUAUAAUUUAACAGUACAAAAUCCAUGUACCGCGGCACAACUUAUGAGAUUACGACGACAGUUUUUAACUUACAGUAAAAUGCAACAACUUGAAGUGAAUCAGAUUGCAGCAUUGUUUGUACAGUAUCUUAAUAAAAGUCUGUAA